AUGCCCAAGCGCAGAUGUGCCCGCCCCCGAGAGCAGCACGCCGGAGCUUGGUUUGCUCACGUUGGAACCUGCCAGGGUCAGCUGGAGACGACGACGGGCUGUGCACUGAAGCAGGGGCGGGACUGGAGAGCAGCUCGGUGUGCCGAGGCUGGAUUGCUACCAGUUUACAGAGCUCGGGAGCAGAAAGCAGUGAACAAUUUCCCAUUUUCUUCUCAUGACAACAAACACUGUCUACAGAAUGUAGCAGAGUAUUUUGAUCUUGGUAUGGGCCGGAGGAAGGUGGAACCAGAGAGACGACAGCACAACUCACAGAACUUCUGCCUCUGGGCUCACACACCCAUCCCGAGCAGCAGGGAUGGCUUUACCACCUACCAGACAUCCUUUGUGGGAGAGCAAAAUCCUGAGGGCCCAUUUUGUAGGCGCUAUCCAAGGCACCACUCAGAAAAAUGGUGCCCUG